AUGCAACUCCGACACAAUUGUCUUGGUACAUGGAGCGGUAUGUGGCACUUCCUUGUGCUGGGCACCAGCGACUCCGACAAAUUUUCUGGAGACGUCAACCACCUUUGGCCGGGAAACGGCACUCAUGAUGACCCGUAUAUUAUAUCAUGGGAUGAAAAUGAUGCAUUAAAUGCCCGCAAUUAUGGUGCUGGGAGAAAAGGCAUCAUUAUAGCUAUUUCGGGCAUGUCAACCCUCUCAGUAGCUUUUGCAUCGAGUGCUUAUUCGGGAGAUUUGUCUGCCAUUUGUCAUUAUUUUGGAGUUUCUGAUGAGGCUACGACACUGGGAUUAUCGCUUUAUGUCCUGGGGUUCGCGAUAGGGCCGCUACUAUGGGCCCCACUGAGUGAGGCGUUUGGCAGGAGAAUCAUGUUCUUAACCACCUUCAGCCUUUUCGCCAUCUUGAAUAUUGCGGCAGCCGUUUCAGCUAAUUUCGCUUCGCUGAUCGUUCUCAGAGCUUUGGCCGGAACGUUCGGCGCUGCACCUCUUACUAACUCUGGAGGGGUUGUGGCUGAUCUAUACGAUGCGGAAACGAGAGGGCUUGCCGCGGUCUUUUAUUCAUGCGCCACCUUCCUUGAGCCUGUCCUUGGUCCAAUCGCAGGGGGAUUCCUUGGGGAGACUCAAGGCUGGAGAUGGAUCGAGGGCUUGCUGGCAUUCUACUCUGGAAUUAUGUUAAUCCUCGGUAUCGUUGCUGUUCCCGAAACCUUCAGUAUCGUUAUUCUUCGGCGACGAGCCGCUAUGCUCUCGAUGCAGACGGGAAAUUUUUAUGUUACAAGUGAUGAUCAUCGCAACCCUCCAGGGUCUCUAAUAAGGAGAUUUCAAGAAGCGACGAGCCGUCCUUUGCGCCUGCUCUACAAAGAGCCUUUAGUGAUUGUCCUCGCGCUCUACAUGUCUUUCAUCUACGGCACCACCUAUCUAUUGCUAGCAGCACUACCUAUCGUUUUCCAGCAAGUCCGCGGAUGGAGCCCAGGGGUGGGUGACCUUCCAUUCAUUUCCAUUGCGAUAGGCAUGUGUUUUGCUACAGUUUUCAUGGUCUUCAUCAACCGUCAAUACGCAAGAAAAUUCAGAGCAUCCCAGAGUGGCCAGCGCCCCCCAGAAGCACGCCUGCUUUCGGCCCAAGUUGGGGCAGUUUUCAUUCCCAGCGGUCUCUUUCUUUUUGCAUGGACCAAUUCUCCCUCGGUGCAUUGGGCUGUUUGUAUGGUGGGAAUCGCUAUGUUUGGAUUUGGCAAUAUCUGUGUUUCAUUAGCAUUGGUCAACUAUCUCGUCGAUAGCUAUGUGGCAUAUUCGGCCUCAGCCCUUGCCGCUGCGACGGUAAUGCGAUCACUUUGUGGGGCGGUGUUUCCGCUUUUCACAACGUAUAUGUACGAAAGGUUAGGGAUUCACUGGGCAAGCAGUGUACCGGGCUUUCUGUCUCUGGCUUGUCUUCCAGCUGCAUUCAUAUUAUCCAAGUAUGGACCCCAGAUACGCCAACGCUCCAAGUUUGCUAUCGCGAUGAGCGAAGAGAAGUAG